AUGCUGGUGGCUCUAUCAGCCGUCCAUACUCUCUCAGUCUCAGCAACAUCAUACGAAUUCGAAGAAUCAUUCUUCAACGACGUCGUCGAGGAAGACAACACUAAUGUUGCAAAUGAAACCUUUGACGACCUCCCAGUUAUGGCCGCACAAGGCCAAGAAAAAACUUCUCUUAGAGGAACAAGCCGCUUUCUAGCUUCUCAUCGGGCCAUGGCCGCGAUAUACGACAAGAACCCUAAGGUCUGUAAAGCCACGCAUGCACAUUGCUGCGACAACAAAUGUGUUGAUUUGAAGACAGACAAACUCAACUGUGGGAAGUGUGGGGUGAAAAGCCAUCACGCACAGAUAUGUUGCAAAGGUCAUCUUGUGAACCCAAUGUCUGACAAGACACACUGUGGAGGCUGCGACAACCAUUGCAAGAAAGGCGGUUCAUGUGCGUUUGGGAUGUGCAGCUAUGCUUAG